UCGGAAAUGAUUCAAAACAUAACGUUGGUAAAGAAAAGAAGCAACUCAACUAUUAUCGGAUUAUCAAGGGAUAGAAUGUUAACUUUACGAGUACAAAUAACUCAACAAUUUAAAAACGACUUCAGAGAUGGACGAUCUUUUUGAAAAUUUUUAGUUAUAUUUCAAUCCUAUAAACAAACAGGAAAUAAAACCUUGGAUGAGAGACUAACAAUAUUCAACGCAAGUCGCAAACGAUGAACUGUAUGGAACGCUUGAAAUAGAACUGUCAGAGUAGAAAGACUCUAUUCUUGUCUUUCCUUCAAGCAUAACUAUCAUCCCUUGAGAACUACAACGAUUUACAAAAUAAAAAUACGUUGGUUUGGCUCUUCAGUUGCAACUGUAUCUGAAAUCAAGCUUUCUAGUUUCAGUCGAUGCUCAAACACCACUUUGACAAAGGCAAACCAUAAAAUUCAGAAUAGGAUACCGUUCUUACACUAAAUACUAUUAGUCAUGUCGAAGAAGCCACUAAGUGUUUCCCAAAAAUGUCUGAAAGUUCUUUUGGAAAUCUUUCAAGUUGUAUUUAGAACCGCAAGCGCCCCUUCACGCAUUUUGGCGGCAUUCUGCUUUUGACAAGUUUGAAAGCGAGUCGUGUUCUAAAGAUGGCAAGCGGUUUCAUGAGCAGUAUUAAAUGGUUUCUCGAGGCUAGUUAUAGUGAUCAAAUAUUGCGAGUUUUACAAGACUCCGAUUUAGUUAAGCACUACCCUAUCUUGCUUGAUGUCACUGAAUUGCUAGAAUUUGACCAAGAGUUGUUCACAAAUCUUGUUAUGGAACCAGAAAUAUACCUUCCGGUUUUCGAAGAUGCCAUACGCCUCUAUGAAGAUGAGAUGCUUCAAAAAGUAGGAGACGAUGCUGUGCUGUACGGCUACACCUUCAAGGAACAUAUUCAUGUUCGACCAUAUCAUCUCCCUGAGGAUCCUCUUCUUUAUAAGAAAAAUGUUUCUUCUUUGCGUUCUUCUGAUGUCGGUCACUUGAUUUCCUUUCGUGGAACCGUUAUACGCACAGGAAGCGUUUUGAUGCGAGAGCUUCAAAAAACAUAUCAAUGUAGUAAAUGUAAGCAUCGUUUCAUUGUAUAUUCAGAUAUCACGAGAGGAGGAAAAUUCGAGUUACCCACAUUUUGUCCAUCGCCAAGCUUAGAAGAACCUUGUCGAUCAAAUUCAUAUCAGUUUUUAGAGGAUACAAGAUCUACAGACUACCAAGAAAUUAAAAUUCAAGAAAGGGUUCAAACAUUAGACUUGGGAUCCAUUCCUCGUUCCAUUGUAUCCGCACUUUCUGAUGACUUGGUUGAUAUCUGCAAGCCGGGAGAUGACAUUUUGAUUACAGGAGUAUUAAAGCGACUUUGGCACCGAAACCCUAGUAUUGAUUUGAGAUGUGAGCUGGACCUUAUAUUGGAUACAACACAUGUGCAAGUUAUAAAUGAACAAAAGUCACAUAUGGAAAUUAGUGACGAGAUUAAGGAACGUUUUCUGAAAUAUUGGCACGAAGCUUACCAAACAAGGAGGCCUUUAGAAGCCAGAGAUUUUAUAGUAGAAUCAUUUUGUCCACGACUAUUUGGCUUAAAAACUGUAAAACUCAUUCUUCUUACUGCCUUAAUUGGAGGCGUCUGUAGGCCAAAUAGAGAAGGAACUCGGGUACGUGGAGAGAUACACGUUCUACUCAUAGGGGAUCCUGGAACUGGCAAGUCCCAACUUCUAAAGGAAGCAGCUUCCUUAAGUCCUCGUUCCAUUUCUACUACAGGCAUUGGAUCGACGCACGCUGGUUUGACAGUUACUGCCGUCAGAGAGGCCAGCAGUGGCGAGUGGGCAUUAGAGUCGGGAGCACUAGUCCUUGCUGACGGAGGUCUGUGCUGCAUUGAUGAGUUUGACGGUAUAAAAGACCGUGACAGAGCAGCAAUGCAUGAAGUUAUGGAACAGCAAACUCUGAGCGUAGCAAAAGCAGGCCUAGUUAUGACUUUGGAUACACGAACCACAAUAUUUGCAGCAGUGAAUCCCAAAGUAGGUAAAAUGCGAUCGAAUGAAGAUUUGGAUCUUGUGAUUGCGGAUCCAGCCACGGAGCUUGCAUUAAGUGUAGGUAUUGCUCCGCCUCUUUUAAGUCGCUUUGAUGUUACUGUCACUUUGCUCGACAAGCAUGAACCUGAGUGGGACGAAAGUCUUUCAGAAUUUAUUCUUAAUGGUUACAGAGAUCAUUGCUCAGAUAGUACUGCAGGACUACAUACUGAGUAUUCAAAAGUUUUAUGGAAUGUGGAGGAACUACAAAUGUAUAUAUACUUUGUAAAGGAGGCGAUUGAACCCGAGUUGACUUGUAAUGCUCAGAGAAUUGUUUCAAAAUAUUACACCAUGCAAAGACAAGCUUCCAGUAGAAAUGCCGCAAGAACAACAGUGCGGUUCUUGGAAUCUCUCAUCCGACUCACCCAAGCUCAUGCGAGACUUUUGUUUCGUAGGUUUGCUAUUGUCCAAGACGCCAUAUAUGCAAUCUUUGUGACAGAGUCAAGUGCCUUUGGCAACGAUAUAUUGCAACUACCGCCAAAUUUGCAAAGUGGAGACUCUUUUGAAAGCUCAGACCUAUGGUACGAGGCAUACUCUCAAGCAGUACUUCAAAAGAUGGGUCUUGCUGAGACGGUUUGUCCUAAUGAAUAUCUGAAUGAUCACGAACGCUUAAUUAUCUGCGACUUGACCAAACAAAGUGAGAGACGAUAUUCUACAGGGCAUAAUCCGACACAAACUGUUUUCAGUGUAGACGCUACCGUUGCUGAAAAACGCAAAUAUUAUGUGAAUAACAGACGUAUUUCCUUUCAAGAGGUCAAACGCUUUGAAGCCGUUGAUUGCAUAAAGUCGGACUCCACAGAAGAAGGCACUCGUUCCAGCAAAUUGUUUUGCGAAGAGGAAACUGUCUCGAAUAAAAGAACAAAGGUCAAUACGAUAAGCACGAAUUUCGAUCAGGAAGAGGCUUCUGCUUCGAAGACUGAAGCACCUGAGGUUGAUUUUGAAGUUGUACUACAGGAGAAGACAAGCAGGGAGAACAAUGAGACGAAUAGUCUUCAAUUCCUUCAAGAGUUGGACGAAGGUGAACUAGAUUCUGCUCUACUCGGCUCAUGGAUGGAACCCAGAAAUGACAAUGUUUAGACUAAUGUAAUACAUUUUGAUUGGUUUUACCAAUAUAAUAUUAUUUUAACCUUUUUUUGUAUCUAAUAAAGUGUCUUUGCGGGCU